UUUUGUUGUACCGAAGAACACAGUGUGCACUGUUUACUGGAAACACGCUCAUCAGGCUGUUGACACAAAAGCUAACCAACAUGCUUGGUGAAACCGGAGUUGUUGAAUGGAACAAUUGUUCCCUGUUCAUGACCCACUCUGUGAACUUGAGCAGCAUUAUAAAAGUUUGAACAUUUCUUCAUAGAGGAAUUUCCUGAACUCUGCUGGGUCUGUUGAGAAAUCCACCCCCCCUCCUAUCCCCUACCAAUUGAUUAUAAUACAGAGUCAGAGACCAUAGUGGAUCAGAAGGCUGAACUGUGAGCGGAGCAAUAUGAAGUUCAAUUUUGCGGCCACUUUGCAGUUGUCACUUGCCUUUGUGUCACAGAUUUGCUGUCAGCAGCCUAUAAACUGCAGAUGGGGACCUUAUGGAGAAUGGUCUGACUGCGAUGGUUGCACCAGGACAAUGGUGCGAUUUCGUCACAUGGAGGUGUAUGCCCAAUUUGGUGGCUUGCCAUGUUCAGGAGAAGCCACACAAACACGUUCAUGUGUCCCACAGAAGAAAUGUCCUUUUGAAACAGGCUGUGGUAGCAGAUUCCGCUGUACCUCAGGUCAGUGUAUCAGCCAGUCCUUGGUAUGUAAUGGAGACCAGGACUGUGGGGAUGGUCUGGAUGAACAAAACUGUGACCAAGGCAACAGCCACUAUUCUUGCGAUAUUCUCAAAACCCCUCCUAACUCUGACUUCACAGGCAGUGGGUAUGACGUGCUGACAGGAAAACUGAAAGGAGGUGUGAUCAACACUCUGAGUUUUGGUGGGCAGUGCAGGAAGGUUUACAGCGGGGACCACAGAGUAACAUACAGACUGCCACAAAAUGUACUCAAAUACAGCUUUGAGGUGCAAGUAGACAAUGAAGAGAGUGAUGAGUCCUACGAGAGUCAUUGGGUCUACAUGCAGCACAUCCAGUCAAACGCCUUGAGGGGACAUGACCGUCGUUCCUUUCAUAAAGAUGUCUCGGAAGAUAAGGCCUAUAGACUUAUAAUUUUGAAGAAUAAAGUAAAGCUGGCCCAGUUUCAAAACUCUGCCCCUCAGUAUCUGACUCUAUCUGAGGCCUUUUGGAAAGCCUUGUCUUCAUUGCCCCUUACAUAUGACUACUCAGCUUACCGGAAAGUGAUACAGACUUUCGGGACACAUUACAUCUCAGAAGGAUCACUUGGAGGCGAAUAUCAAGGCUUGUUGGAGUUGGAUCAACAGGCAUUUGAAUCAAGCAGUAUAACAGAUAUAGAGUACCAGAGGUGCUGGAAAAAGACGAAACGCUUUCUCUUCUUUAAGAGGGUCAAAAUCACCUGUGAAAAACUUAAAAAAGUUUUGGAAUCCAGCUCCAAAAGCAAUCAUCACAAACUGCCAAUUAAGGUUAAUAUAUUUGGAGGAGAUCCAUCAUUCAUAGCUGGUCUAUCUGUUUUGGAUCUUGAAAACCCAGAAGCCAAUGGAGAGAUCUAUAAUAGCUGGGCCUCAUCUGUCAAAGAUUUCCCUGACCUUAUAGACCUGAAGCUGCGCCCCCUAUACGAGCUGGUAAAGGAGGUACAGUGUGCAGGUUUGAAGAAGCUUCAUCUGAAGAGUGCAAUAGAGGAGUACAUGGCAGAGGAACAUCCCUGCCACUGCCGGCCCUGCCAAAACAAUGGACAGCCGCUGCUCACAGGCAGGGAGUGUAGCUGCACUUGUCGGCCCGGAACUUCAGGAGCUGCCUGCCAAAUAGGAACUGUGAUCGGAGAACGAGCAGGGGUGAUCCAUGGCAGCUGGAGCUGUUGGUCCUCAUGGGGAUCCUGCUCUGGAGGAGCAAGAUCAAGAACCCGAACCUGCAACAAUCCUGCCCCGAGAGGAGGUGGGCAACAUUGCAUUGGACCACAGAUGGAGCGGAAGAGAUGCGAGGACCCAGAUAUCCAGUACUUAAAGAUGAUGGAGCCUCAGUGUUUCAGUCUUUCCGUUACCCCACCAAAAAUCUGUGGGGCCCCUCCACACCUGUCCAAUGGGUUCCUUCAGAAUCCUAAAGAUUUUUACAGAGUAGGAGAUAUAGUGGACUACUUGUGCAUACCGGGGUAUUACCUAACAGGUAAUGCCCAAGUCACAUGUGAUGAAAACCAGAAGUGGAGCGGAGGAGAAAGGGUUUGUAAAAGUACUGAGUGUGACAUGCCGCUCCUCAACAGUCUAGUUGAAGCAAGGCCUGCUAAGAAAGCUUAUGAGAUUGGAGACAAAGUGUCUCUGUCCUGUCCCACUGGCUGGGUGCUGGAUGGUGAUGUGUCAGAGAGUAUUUGCAGUUCCAGUCUGCAGUGGUCACCUUCCCCUGAUGAUAUUCACUGUAUAAAAGCAUCCACCCCACAACCUACAACAGAGAUGAGAUGUAAAGUGUGGGAGAAUGAAGGGAAACGGGGCUGUGUUUGUAAAAUGCCAUUUCAGUGCUCAGAUUCCCUGCAGCUGUGUACCAAGGUUGCAUCAAGAUCGACACCGAUUUUAUUAGGAGUUUGUCGUCUUGGUGCGUUACAGUGUUUGGGCCGGAGCUUCACACUGACCAGUGACGCUGACUGCGACUGGCCAGAGGAGACUUUCACAUCCUGUAGGGACUGCAAACCAGGGACAGUCUGUCAAGAAUCAGCAAGAAAAUGCAUUUGCCAGAAUCCAUCAGAAUGCCCUAAAGACUCCACUCCCUUGUGCGUCAGAGUAAACGAUGACACCGUCCCCAUAACCAUGUCAGAAUGCGAGUUGGGAGCCAGGCGGUGUGCUGGUGAGCAAAGCAAUGUUAUCAGUAUAGAGGCUUGUCCAAGGAAUUAAAAGGUUGAUAUAAUAUUUCUUUUUUGUGGUUUCAUGAUGUCAAUAGUAGCAGUCCUUUUUCCUUUUUAAGAUGAUUCAGUUGUAAAUAGAUUCAAAGAAUUUUAACUCUGUACUUAACAUGGUUCACUGAUGCUUGAAGAUGUAACAGAAAAUGUUAUGUUGGGGAUUGUUGCCCUGAUAACCGUGACAGAAUGUGAGAUGGGAGCCAGACGUGUGCGGGCAAGCAAAGUAAUCUAAAUCAGUAUAGAGGCUUGUGCACAGUAAAAUAAAUGCAUUUUUUAAAAAUAAUAAAAGUUUGAUAUCUUAUUUCUUUCUGCGGUUUCAUGGUGUCAAUAGUAGUAGUCAUUUUUACCUUUUACUUUUUCAGAUGAUUCAAUUUUAUAUGGAUUAAAAAAUAUAACUAUGUACUUAACAUUGUGUACUGAUGCUUGAAGGAGACUCAUAAUGUGGGGAUUAUUUGAUUCUUAUUUGAAAAUUAUUGAUAAAGGAUUUUUGGAAAACGGUUUCCACUGUCCUGUGUUUGUCCUUUAUUUCGAAGUGUUUUGUUACUUUUCUUGGAAUGAAGAAAUCUUACAACACUGUACUAAAUAAACAGUAUACGACCCUCAAUUGGUCAAGCAUGCUAUGUAUCUUUUAAAAAAAAAUAAAAA